AGUACCAACGGCGGUACCGAUGAAGGUACCACGUGUGUCGAGGUGCGCCACAGUACCGUCCAGUAUGUGCGUGGUUCGAUUAUUUUUCACUUGAAUCUUCUCAAUCAUUUCAGGAUAUGGAAAGUAGGCUGAAUCUAUCAUGCCUACAAGGACGAACAGCUUUGCUCCCAGGCGGUCGCGACAGAGAAGGACAUCCCAUUCUGCUCUUCACGAUACCGGCAGAAUCUCCGCCGCUGGAUGCUGUACCGGUACUUCAGUACUUACUUUCUCUAUUCAGCAAAGCUAGUCGAUCGAGAGGUUUGACAGUGAUAGUAGACGCAAGGAAAGGACCUUGGAAAGUAGCAAGAUCGUGCAUUCGACAAAUAAAUGCUGUUUUCUCUGCCGAAGAACUAUGUCAACUGAUAGUCUUGCGACCAGAUGCAUUCUUGGACAAGCAGAGAGUGGAGAAUUGUACAUCGGCACCAAAAAAUAAGAAGGUUAUAUUUAUCCCACGUUCCCGUCUGAACAAGUUUGUGGACUUGUCUGGACUUCCUACGGAACUUGGCGGUAAUUUGGUAUACAACCAUGAUAAGUGGGCCGAGAACAGACAGAAAGUGGAAGAAUUCUAUACGGACUGUGAUAUAGCCCUGAAAGAGUUGAACGAGCUUCAUGAGUUAGUUCUCAGAAGCCAAUCAUUAAGGCCAAGUCAAGUACAAGAUGCCAUAAACACUAUUUCCGAUAUGGCAGAGUCGACGAAAAUGUUGGUAUUCAACGCGACGGAAACAGGUAGAGAACUUGUCGAAAACAUCGAAUAUGAAAACAGAACGCAAAAACUAGCUACAGAAAACUUCAGCCUAACCUCAACGCCACAGGACACUUUAGAUACGAUAGAGAGAAUAGACGAAAUAGUGGUAGCGAUAAAGAAGAAACAGCAGCAAAUCGAAAAUGCGUGGACUGCCAUGGAAAAGACAUUCAUCAAUACCAAAGAUCUGAGUGAUUUAGAAGGAAAGAUUGACAAAGUCACCAACUGGAUACUUGGACAUGCUGAAAACUUGCUCAAUUCCAAACAGAAAGUAGGCUAUGACGUUGCUUCAGCUGAGGAACUGAGAAGAGAACACGAAGCUAUAGAGCUGGAAUGCUGGGAAGCAUAUGGAUCGUACGCUGAGCUCAUCCAUAGAAUCAAGCAGUUGUCGAAUAAUGAAUGCUCAGCUUCACAACUCAAGGAUUUAAUAUCACAGAAGGACUUCAUGGAUUUUGUUUGCAAAAGUUUUGCACUGAGACUGGAAAGAAGGAGGAAUAUCCUCAUCACUUCUUUGAGGUUCUUCAGGCUUGUUUCGGAGUAUUUCGAUAGGACUGGUGAAGUUUUUGAUGCGUUAGUGAUGGGUAGCAAUAUCGCCGAUUUCGAGCUGGCGGGUCAAAAAUUGAAAGAAUUACAGGAAAGUCAAGCAAACUUAGACGAAGUAGAAUGUGAAUUGAGGAAAGAAGGCGAAAAACUCUCCGACAUGCUAUCUAUGCCGGUGAAGGAUUCAUUAGGCAAAGAGUUAACUGUUGAUUACACCGAAGAUAUAGUUAAUAUCAGAGACGUAUUGGACGCAACGACAGCGAGAAAGAAUAUCUUCUCUGACAGUAUCGAAUUGCAAAAACUCACUCUGAAACAGGUUACCCACAUCGAUUGCUACGAAAAAGAUACGGUCCAAGCGAUACAGUGGUUGGACGAUCUGUUGCAAGUGAUGCUGAAAGAUCACGGGCACGUUGGGUGUGUCGUAUACGAGGUCCAGAAACAAAAGGACGAGCAUCAAAGUUUCCAGGAGACGGCCAAGGGCACCUACAACUAUGGCUGUCAACUCCUGAACGCCUCUCUGGUCCUCCGACAGUCCUGCAAGCUACCGCUAGAUGGGCACGCCAACUUGUAUCAAAAACUCAGAUCUUCUUGGCAGAGGUUACUCAGCGUCAGCCAAGAGCAGAUGACGAGAUUGAGGGUAUCAGCAGUUUUCCACAGAUCAGUGGAAGAACAGUGCAAUCAACUGAGGGACCUCAGAGAAGCUGUAGCGACGAUUCCACUACUGGAGUUUCAUAGAAAGAGAGAAAUUAUCAAUUAUUAUGUUGGCAUGAGGGAGAAAUUGAUCGUUGAAGUUGGUAGGAUGGUCAGGCUAGGAAGGCUUUUGAGGAGUAGAUUACGCGAACCACUUUAUUAUGAGGAGAAAUUGCUCAGCUCUAUCGCAACAAUUGAUAACGAGGAACUCGAUAAUUUCUGCGAUUCGAUAGCAAACAAUGAGAUAGCCGUCGAGGCGAUAUCCGAAAAACUAGCCGAAGUAACAGGACUCGCUGCAGAACUAGAUCAGGAGCUGCAAAGUGCUCAACAGGACUGCUUGAUUUUCACUCCAACAUCUACAUCUACUCCUACCACGUCAUCAACCUCAAUAAGUGAUCCCAUCACAGUAUUGUCUUUGAAGAGGGCUAUGGAGCACAAUCCUGUCCAUUCAGAGAAAUCGAAAACGGACGACUUGAAAUCGGAUGACGAGUUCCUCACAGCCUCAGAAUGCACCCUCCAACACUCCCGCUCCUCAUCCUACAACACCGCCUCCGAAUGCGAGCACCGAUACUCCCCCUGGUGGGACUACGGCAAAGACGACUCUCACAAGGACAUCUCCAAGGAGAAAAUGGUCCUGGCAGUGGGACUCCCUGAACUGCCCCUCGCCAAGGAAGUUUUGAAACCUUCCCCGGAGGUACCGCCAGGUAAAAUCGUGCGAGAGGUGACUGAAACUACCCACAUCAAGGUCCAGCAGUCCCAUUCCCUGGGAGUCUCCUCUUUCGUGCUGACCUCGGAGACCGUGAGGGACAGGAAAAAUCAGGAAGGUACACAACGCGAGGAGGUCGUCAGAGUCAUUAGUGAAGAUGGUAAAGAAGUUCUCGUUCCUGUGGCUGUAGAUGUAACUGUGGAUGGUGAGGAUUUGCAGUCUAGGAUCAAGGAGGUAGGUCGUUUUGAGGAUGAGGCAUGGAAGAGCUAUCAGACUGUUACGAAGCAGGCUAUCAAAGGUUUCAUUUGAGACUGUUCUCACCAAAUGAAACAAGCCAUAAGCCAUGCACUUAACUCGGCAGCUGCUGAAAAAAAUUGAGUUGAGUUGGUUGUUCAGAUCAUCAAUGGGACCAUCGAAUGUAUGGAAACCUUGAAUAUAGGAUGUCUGAAAAAGAUGAGCGGAUUCAAAUAUUGAACAAAAUGAUAAAGAUGAUUCUUCUUGAUUACUGUCUGUAGGUAGAAUAUCGAAUUUUCUAAGCUUCUAUUUAUUUAUUUAUAGAAACAAGCAUAGGAGAUCCCAAGAUUGAAGGGAAAUGAAUGUUUUUUCUUGUUAAUCCAAUUGCUUUUAUAUCCACGGGACAAUCUCGCUCCUUGAAAAUGUUUUGUUUUUUGUUGCUGCAUUGAAUUCUUCUUCGAAUAUAUACACCCCACUAUUUAUGAUAAUUUGAACGAUUCGAAUAAUUGUUUCCUUCAAAAUAUAGUAACCAAAAAUAGAACUAUCAGAUAGUCUAUG